ACCUUAUCCAACAUUGGCAUACGUCACAUCCGGCAGGAUUCAGUGGGGCUUGGUGCUCCUGCUUAGAACUGCGGCUGACUUAGGUCCAUCUUGGCGGAGGAAGAGCAUACAAAGUAGUACGGACAUUACUAAGCCAGCGCGUCCCGCGGGACACGGUCAUGCUCGAGUCAACGACUCAACAUGUAUAUGAGCAAGCUCUGGAGCCAUCAAAGACAUGACGGAAGCUUCAUUUUCUCAACAAGCUCUCGACUCCCCUUCUUACCUAGGUGAACAUACAGACAUCCAUCCAUCAAAAUGCCUCUCCGCAUCGCCGUCGUACCCGCCUCCACCAAGGCCGGCCGGGAAACAAUCCGCCAGCUGCUCGCGGCCGAAAGCAAGCCCCUUGUCCGCGCCAUCUACCGAGAUCCAUCCAAAGCUCCCGCCGACUUCACCCAAAACCCUAAUUUCGAAGCUGUCAAGGGCGACGUGGGAGCCGGUGCAGGUCUCGACUUCAGCAGCGCCGACGCGGUUUUCUACAUCCCGCCUCCGACCUAUGACGGGACGAAUCAGGGGGAAUGGGCGACCCGGUGUGCGACCAACGUGAAGAAAGCCAUCCAGGACGCCCCGACCAUCAAGCGGGUGCUCCUCUUUUCGGCUCUGGGCGCGCAGCAUGACCAUAGCAUUGGCGUUCUGCACUUGAAUCACAUAUCCGAGACAACUCUCAGGGAUGCCGCGCAGGAAGUCAUCAUGGUCCGGCCGGGCUUCUUCUACGACGAGUUCGCGCAUGCACUCGAGGAAGCGCGUGCUGGUGAUCCGCCUGCCUUCCACUCGUGGAUCACGCCUGUCGACCACAAGAUACCGAUGGUGAGCCUGAAAGAUAUCGCAAAGUUCUGCGCAAACGCCCUCCUUGUCGGGUCCGGCAAGCCUAGUACUAGUAGUCCGCACCUCUUCAAGCUCUUUGGUCCGCGGCACUACAGCGCGCUGGACGUCAAGGAGGCGGUCGAACAGGCCAUGGGAGGGAAGCCCGUGGAGCUCAAGUCGGUGGAGAGGGACCAGCUUGCUGGGUUCUUUGGCCAGCAGAUUCCCCAGGCGCAUGUGCAGGAGUUUGUGGACAUGGUGACGGCCGUGCUGCCUGACGGGGUUAUCGAGGGCGACUUUGAAUAUGACGAGAACACGGUGAGGGGGGGGGUAGAGUUGGGGGACGCCCUGCGCGAGCUGGCGGCGAAGGGGACGGGCAAGUGAGGGCUUCUGUACAGGUAGUUUGGCUGGGUGAUGUAUCCGGAGUUGAAUCACAGCUUAACCUGCAACUACUAGUAGUAGAUUAGUGAGUAGUAGAUACGGAAAGGGUUACUAUCUGCUUUCCGUUCCGAUUAUCUCCUGAACACCUCAGAUAUCCCAAAAGAUCGCCAAUUACUG